AUGUCCUCACAAAGUACCAAGAAAGGAGCUUUAAUCUUCCUACAUGGACUGGGAGAUUCUCCCGCUGGAUGGUCCGACCUCAAACGAAGCUUGCCAUCCUAUCAUGCUAGUCUAUCAGACAUUGAGUAUGUUUUCCCGGCAGCACCUAUAAUUCCAAUUACCAUCAAUGGUGGAACGACAAUGCCCGGCUGGUUUGAUUUGUAUGACUGGCCAAUUGCAGUUGGUUCGAAGGAUGACAAGGAGGGACUGAUGACUGCUGUUCAAGUGGUGGAAGAUCAGGUCGAGAAACUGGAAAAGGAUGGGAUCCCACGCUCCAAAAUUGUUGUUGGUGGCUUUAGUCAAGGAGGUGCCAUUGCAUUGCUGACUGCAUACCGUAACCAAAAGGAAGCUUUUGCUGGAUGUGUCGGCUUAAGUGCUUGGCUCACUAUUCCAGACGACUUGGACGUUAGCGAUUCUGCCAAGAAGACUCCGCUCUUUUGGGGACAUGGAAAGUUCGAUGACAAAGUUCUGUUCCCCCAACAACAGUUCGGAGUGGGCAAGUUUCUCGAGAGUGGAGUGACUGUUACUGACAAAUCGUAUCCCAUGGGGCAUUCGAGCUAUCCUGACGAAAUGAACGACUUUGCUGAUUUCUUGGAUGGUUGUAUGUUUGGAAGUGGAAAGAACGAUGAGCUCUAG